AUGUCCGUCUACAAGGUCGUCUCCACCUCGUCCGCGCCCUCGGCCAUCGGCCCUUACUCGCAGGCCGUCGUGCACAACGGCAUUGCCUACUCGAGCGGCUCGAUCGGCUUUGAGCCAUCGACGAUGCAGAUCGUCGAAGGCGGCGUCGAGGCGCAGACGCGCCAGGCACUCAAGAACCUCAAGGCUGUCGUUGAGGCGGCCGGCGCGAGCACGGCCAGUGUGCUGAAGACGACGGUGUUCCUCAAGGACAUGGGGGACUUCGCUAAGGUUAAUACCAUCUACGAGGAGUUCUUCGCCCCGCACAAGCCCGCGCGCUCGGCCGUCGAGGUGGCGCGUCUGCCCAAGGAUGCCCUCGUCGAGAUCGAGUGCAUCGCUGCCGUCACGGAGGCGUAA